GUGUGUGUGUGCGCUCGCUCGGCCUGCGGCCUCCUCCGUUUGCUGUGACAUGAGCCGACUGCUAGGCCGCUGGCGUAAUGUAGCCGGGCUACGGCGCCUGCUGGCCCCGGCGAGAAGGGAGCAAGCCCGAGGCCUGUGCUCGGAGCGGCCCAGCGACGGCGGCGGAGCCGGAGCCGAGAACGACCAGGCGGCCGUCUUGCGAGUCUACAACGCCCGGUCACGGAGCAAGCAGCCGCUGGUCCUGGCCGAGCCUGCCAUCGCCUCCUGGUAUAGCUGUGGGCCGACAGUCUAUGACCAUGCGCACAUUGGACACGCAAGUUGUGCAGAGCAGUAUUUAUGCUUCGAGUUUAUCAGCAGGAAACUUGGACUCGAAGUUUGUGCGGCACGAAUAAGCUCGUAUGUUAGAUUUGACAUAAUAAGAAGAAUAUUGACCAACGUCUUUGGCAUCGAUGUCAUCAUGGUGAUGGUCAUCACAGAUAUUGAUGAUAAAAUAAUAAAGAGAUCGAGGGAGUUGAAUAUCUCCCCGAAGGUACUUGCUUCUAUAUACGAACAGGAUUUCAAACAAGACAUGGAAAGCUUAAAGGUUCUUCCACCCACAGCAUGUAUGAGAGCGACUGAUAAUAUUCCUCAGAUUGUGAAAUUCAUAGAGAAAAUCAUUUGCAAUGGCCAUGCCUAUUCUACCUCAGCAGGAAAUGUGUAUUUUGACAUCCAGUCAAUUGGUGAUCGUUAUGGAAAGUUUGUCAAAAUAAAUGAUGACACCGUUGAGGAAACAAGUGAAAAUGAUAAAAGACACAGAAGAGACUUUGCUUUGUGGAAAUCAUCAAAACUAUUGGAGCCAUUUUGGCCAUCGCCAUGGGGAAAUGGCAGGCCUGGCUGGCACAUUGAGUGUUCAACAAUUGCAAGCUCUGUGUUUGGAAAUAAACUGGACAUCCAUACUGGAGGAAUAGACCUGGCCUUUCCCCACCAUGAAAAUGAGGUUGCUCAAUGCGAGGCCUACCACCAGUGUGAGCAAUGGGGAAACUACUUUUUACACUCUGGACAUUUACGUUUAAAGGGAAGUGAACAAAAGAUGUCAAAAUCACUGAAAAACUACAUCACAAUUAAGGAUCUCUUGGAAAAAUUCUCCGCCGAUCAGUUCCGAAUGUUUUGCCUUCUGUCAAAAUACAGAUCAGCAAUGGAAUUCAGCGAUGCCAACAUGAUACAAGCCGGAAUCAUUCUCCACUCCAUUUCUACUUUUAUUCACGAUGCCUCUGCUUAUAUGAGCGGACAGUUGAAAUGCCCAUCGGUUGAUGAAACGUUGUUAUGGGAAAGGUUAAAUGCUACCAAAGACGCUGUAAAGGCUGCCUUCGCUGAUGAUUUUGACACUCCAGGGGCCACUAAUUCAAUUGUAAAUCUUAUUCACCAUGGCAACAGACAGCUUCAAACAGUUACCAAGGAGGAAGAUUACCCGAGGAGCCCGGCUGUGUUUGGGGCAAUAAUUGCAUACAUUGAACGAUUCCUGGAUGUUGUUGGUAUUUCUCGUGAUCGUGGUCAGCUGCCAAUCGCAGACACGUCUUCAGCUGCUCUUUACAGUGUUGCUGAGCAACUAGUGGGUUUUCGCCAGGAGGUCAGGAACUACGCUCUGGCAGUGAACGAGCAGGAUUCGGGCUCUGGUGGAGGCAGCGAGCCGAGCAAGGAAGAGGAACAGCAACAGAGGGAGCGCAGGAGACAGCUGAUGGUCGAGCGGCAGCCUCUCCUGCGAGCCUGUGACUCACUGCGGAAGGACCUUGAAGCUAUUGGAAUAAAUAUCAAGGACAGAGGAGCGACUUCAUCUUGGGAGCUGACGUCACAACUUGCGAACAAAAGUAAAGGCGAAACCCAACCACUCGCAUCUGACCUUAAGGAACCGUGAUACGUGCUUUAACAAUUUACUGGUAGCAUCUGGAUGUUAACACUAAAAGCAGCGUUCCAUCGACAAUACAUCGGAUAAGCUCAACGUUUGUCGCACUGAAUUAGAGGAUUGAUCAAAUUCAAAACAAUUCCUAACCUGAGCCUGGAUUCUGAUUUGCAGAACCUUGUGUGUGUUGAUAUUUUCUCAACCUGUUACACCGAGCACUACUGUCAAUGGAGGAAUCAUUUCCAAAUGGGGGGAGAAAAAUAAAAUUGUUAUCUAACUGGACUGCAGAAAGCUGUGGUGUGCGGCAGUGCUAUGCAUUGAUGUAUUAAUAAAAGGAAAUCAAUCUUUGGUAAAUUUAACUAAUAAUUUAUAGGUUUAACACUUGUCGAGGGAAUGAGUUGGAGAAGACUUUUGGACGUUUCCCAUUUAUCCAAAUGUUCAGUGGCAGUUCAUAGGGGAAAGUAAACCUGUUAUUUUAAGCAGUUUAAAAUAUUUGGCUGUGGCCAGGACAGUUUUGUUUCUUGUGCUGCACUCAUACAAGAAUUUAUGAGGAGCUGAAGCCUCAGUUUCUACACCCCUCCCCCUCCCCGAAAAUAGAUGCAAAAUGUCAACUGCUCAAUUAGCAAACAUAUUCAAUCACGGUCACAUUGAGAAUACAACUUUAUUGAGGCAACAUACUUUAACUCAUCCAGCAACAAAGCUAAAAACGAAGAAUCUUACAGCGGGAGGAUUCUAAAUGUUGGAUGGCUUCUCCCCUGAACAACUACCAGCCACUUAUUUUCAAAAUAUAUUCUUAUCAAAUCAGAUGAUUGGAAUCUGAAUUUCACCCCAUGGUAACAUCUGAUUGCAACUCAAACAUCUGUCUCCAUUUAAAACAUCUGUCUCCAUUUAAAACAUCAGGAAAAUAAAUCGGAGUCUGCACCAUUACUGCCUGGGAACUGGCGCCAGGCACGUUAGCAGAGCUGGCUUCCUGGUGCCGUUUAAACUUCUUCCAGUCAGCUUUCAAAGAGUUUGUGAAAUGCCGUGGAGAUCUCUGCAAUCAUGUCUGUAGUGGUCAUCGAACGGUGAUGCUUCUGAAAGGCUUGGUUGUUGCACUGUCUCGUCAAUGCACAUGCUCCAAAUGCAGCUACAAGGGUGGGAUUUAUCCUGGGGGGGGGAAAGAGCAGGAGUUACUGUACGACAGGCGAGCCAUGCCGUGACAAACAUUUAUCAAAUGCAACCCAACACAGUGCUCGUAUGGUCCUUGACAGUCCUGGAAUUUGAAACUGUUUUUCAAGGCCUUGAAAGUCAUUGGAUUUAUCAUAGGUCCUUGAAAAUCCACUUUUUUAUGAUAAAAGUAUUAAUUCAUGCAAUAAUGUAAUUUUUUUAAUCAUCAUUUAUAAUGCGUUUUUUAAAUUAAAAGUCGGGAAACAUUGUUAGAUAUAUUUGCUAACAACGUUCCCUGUAUGAAGGAGGGGAGCUAGAAAUUUUGAAAUUAAAAACAGCAGUUCCAUCCUUCUUAAUGAGGUUGCAUUAAACUUUAUGAUUUUGUUGGUUAA